GGAGGAGCCAUGGCCUUGGCUGUCCACGUACUGGUCUGCCUCCUGGGCAUGGGCUCCUGGGUGGCCAUCAACGGCAUGUGGGUGGAGCUCCCGCUCAUCGUGCCCAGCGUCCCCGAGGGCUGGCUCCUGCCGUCCUGCUUGACCAUCAUCAUCCAGUUGGCCAACGUGGGGCCUCUGGCCUUCACCCUGAUGCACCGCUUCCUCCCUGGGCGGCUCGGCGAAGUGGGCGUCAUCUACACCAUCCUCUGCCUGGGCUGCCUGGCGUGCGUCCUGCUGGCCUUCUUCUGGAGAGAGACCGGCAUGGUGGGGGGCUCCCCGCGCAGCCUGGCCCUCCUCACCCUACUCUUCUUCCUCGCCCUGGUCGACUGCACCUCCUCGGUCACCUUCCUGCCCUACAUGCGGAGGCUGCGGCCGCAGUACCUCACCACCUACUUUGUAGGGGAGGGGCUGAGCGGCCUUCUGCCGGGGCUGGUGGCCCUAGGGCAGGGCGUGGGCACCGUCCACUGUGUCAACGCGAGCCAGGUGGGCAACGGCACAGGGCUGCAGGCGGAGUACCAAGAGGCCCGCUUCUCUGCCUGCACCUUCUUCCUCUUCCUCGGCGGCAUGAUGGCCGUGUGCCUGGCAGCCUUCGUGCUCCUCAACUAUCUGCCGACUGCCAAGCGCGAGCGGGCCAAGGAGAAGCGCCACGUGCCGGUGCAAAUGGAGAACCCGGCCGCCACGCAAGUCGCGGUGGAAGAGCGGCCCAUGAUGGGCCCGUCGUGCAAGUCCCCGGGGGGGAGCUCCUUCAGCUCGGGCAACUACUCCCGGCUCCAAGUGGCCUGCAUCUUUGGGCUGCUGGCCUGGGUCAACGCCCUGACCAACGGCGUGCUCCCACCGGUGCAGUCGUACUCCUGCCUCCCGUACGGCAACUCCGCGUACCACCUCUCCGCUACCCUGGCCGCCUUGGCCAACCCGCUCGCCUGCUUCCUCGGAAUGUUCCUGCCCUACAGGUCCUUGUGGCUCAUGGGCGCCCUGUCCUUGGCCGGAUCCUUCUUUGCCUGCUACAUCAUGGCCCUGGCUGUGCUCAGCCCUUGCCCGCCCUUGCUGCACAUGCCCAUUGGAGCCAGCCUCGUCGUCCUGUGCUGGGUUCUCUUCAUAGGCCUCCUCUCCUACGUCAAGCUGAUGAUUGGGUUGAUCCUGCGGGACGAGGGGCACAGCGCCCUGGUCUGGUGUGGGGCGGUGGUGCAGCUGGGCUCCAUGCUGGGGGCCCUCACCAUGUUCCCUUUGGUCAGCAUCUACAGCCUCUUCCACCCGGGAGAUCCGUGCAACACCAGCUGCCCUGGCUAGAGGGGCACAGAAGAAGGCCCAGC